AUGGACGCAGAUUCUUCUCUAAGCCUUGGUGUCGUUGACAUUCAAAAUUACAGCAUGUUUCGCCCAUUGCAAGAACCGAUAAUCAAAUUUGCAGAAGAAUUGAAUGAUCCCAGUCUUAACACUGCAUUUAUAAAGCUAGAUGAUCAUGUGCAAUGCUAUAAGCAACCGUAUGAUAUCUUCACGUUUAGUGAGAGUCCUCCUGUUAUCUACAUCAGAUCUUUCGUUAGUGAAAACGAGAUUGAUGAUUUGAUCAAAGCUAGGCCAAGUCCUGUCUAUAAGAAGGGAGAAAGCCAGCCGAAUGACGAAGUCCGCAAGUCAGAAAAUGCAUGGCCAGAGCGGAGUCAUGUCGUAAAAUGCAUUGAGAAGAGAGCACAGCAGUUUCAGAACUGGCAGCCUAAUAUGAAAAUGGAAGUUUUGGGUGUCCAGCGUUACCAGCAAAACGGAUUUUUCAAACACCACCAUGAUUCCUUUGGCACUGCUCCUACUCUCGGCGAUCGGAAAUCGACCUUUAAUGUUUAUCUUGAAAGUAACUGCACCGGUGGAGGAACCCAUUUCCCGCACCUUGACAUGCCGGACGAUCGUGGCUGGUGCGAAUUCGUCGACUGCGAGGCAUCGGAGUCAGGGGUUGUGUUUAAGGCCAUCGCAGGAAAUGCUGUUUACUGGGAGAACUUUGGAGACGAUGGCAUCAAGUAUCCGGCUACAUUGCAUGCCGGCUUGCCUGUUCUCUCCGGAAGAAAGAUUGGAAUGAAUAUCUGGACAUGGUUGAUACCUUAG